GCAGAGCGUCUGCCGAACUAGGUGUCGCUCCAGGCUGAAAGAACCACCAAUCCCUAAAAAAAUUAGGAUUUAUUGGGAUGUAGCUGCAUUUUAACCAUGUCGGGGAGAAACGGCAAGCGACCGAACCUGUCGCAUGGAAGUGUGCCGAGUCCGCGGGAUCCGGCUGGGGCUUUUCAAAGAAUAAACGAUCACUUUGGUGUGGGGCAGGAAAGGCCCGGGGAGAAGAGGCAUGUGUGAAGCAGACUUUUCCCUGCUGUUCUUGAAAAGCUUCUUGAUUUAUUCAUUUGUUGGGAAGCCCGGGACGCAGCUGGACUGCACGGCUGCUCCAGGUUGGGGUCUGGAUCAGGCCUGCAAAACGCAAACCAGAGGCUGUAGACGGACGGACACGUGGACAGGAUGACGGAGGAAGCUGAUGAGAAGAUCAUGAGAGGAUGCACGGUGCAGUAACGUCAGCAUGAAACACUUCAACACUCUGUGUCAGACCUCUCCUGUGCACCUCUAGAGACAAACAUACGCACACACUCGCGCGCACAUACCUACACACACACACACACACACACACACGCACGCGCACACACACACACACACACACUGCUGUAUUCCAGCACGCACACCCCUUAACCCCCCCUCCCCAACCCUUCCUCUCAGGGCUGCUAGGAACCAUUCUCCUCUCUCUUUCUGUCCCCCGUCCGACGUCUGUUGCCGUGGCACCACGCGCCCCUGCGCGCGCGCGGGCAUGUCUCUGGCAGGCGUGACUGGGCGCACGCGCCCGCGCACGCGCCAGCCGUGGGACGUGGACCUAUUGUGGCUGGCAAGGCUGGCGCUGUGCUUGGCGCUCUCCACCUGCCAGAGGGUGGAGCUGGCCGCCUCCAGACACCCCGUCGUCUCCACCGCCUACGGGAAGCUCCGCGGCGUCCGCAAGGAGCUCAACAAUGAGAUCCUGGGCCCCGUAGACCAGUACCUGGGCGUGCCCUACGCCACCCCGCCCGUGGGCGAGCGCCGGUUCCAGCCACCCGAGGCGCCGGGCUCCUGGCAGGACAUCCGCAACGCCACGCAGCUGCCGCCGGUGUGCCCGCAGAACAUCCACGGGGUGCUGCCCGAGAUCAUGCUGCCCGUCUGGUUCACAGACAACCUGGAUGCCGCUGCCACCUACGUGCAGAACCAGAGUGAGGAUUGCCUGUACCUCAACAUCUAUGUACCCACAGAAGACGGUCCUCUCACAAAAAAACACGAUGAAUCUUCGAUGAACAGACCCAGGGAUGAAGAUAUCCGUGACCGCCGUAAAAAGCCAGUCAUGCUGUUUAUCCAUGGUGGUUCGUAUAUGGAGGGCGCUGGGAACAUGUUUGAUGCAAGUGUGCUCGCAGCCUAUGGCAACGUCAUUGUGGUCACCAUGAACUACAGACUGGGAAUUCUGGGCUUCCUGAGCACUGGGGACCAGUCAGCCAAAGGGAACUAUGGGUUGCUGGACCAGAUCCAGGCACUGCGCUGGCUCAACGAGAACAUCGGUCACUUCGGGGGCGACCAGGAGAGGAUCACCAUCUUCGGCUCUGGGGCUGGGGCUUCCUGCGUCAACCUGCUCAUCCUGUCCCACCACUCCGAGGGCUUGUUCCAGAGGGCCAUCGCCCAGAGUGGCUCCGCCAUCUCCAGCUGGUCCGUCAACUACCGCCCACUCAUGUACACCAAGAUCCUGGCCAAAAAGGUGGGCUGUAGCUAUGGCGACACGGCGGACCUGGUGGACUGCCUGCGGAGGAAGAGCUUCCGGGAGCUGGUGGACCAGGACAUCCAGCCGGCACGCUACCACAUCGCCUUCGGGCCUGUGGUGGAUGGCGACGUAGUCCCCGAUGACCCCGAGAUCCUCAUGCAGCAGGGGGAGUUCCUGAACUAUGACAUCCUCCUGGGCGUGAACCAGGGGGAAGGGCUUAAGUUCGUGGAUGACAGCGAGGGGGAAGAUGGAAUCUCGGCCGCCUCCUUCGAUUACACCAUAUCCAACUUUGUGGACAACCUCUACGGAUACCCAGAUGGCAAAGACAUCCUGCGUGAGACCAUAAAGUUCAUGUACACGGACUGGGCCGACCGAGAUAACGGUGACAUGCGGCGCAAGACCCUGCUGGCGCUCUUCACCGACCACCAGUGGGUGGCACCAGCGGUGGCCACAGCCAAGCUGCACGCCGAGUUCCAGUCUCCCGUCUACUUCUACACCUUCCACCACCACUGCCAGACGGAGGCGCGGCCAGAGUGGGCGGAUGCGGCACACGGCGACGAGAUCCCCUACAUCUUCGGGGUCCCCAUGGUGGGCGCCACUGACCUCUUUCCCUGCAACUUUUCCAAGAAUGACGUCAUGCUCAGUGCCGUGGUGAUGACCUACUGGACCAACUUCGCAAAGAGCGGUGACCCGAAUAUCCCCGUGCCCCAGGACACCAAAUUCAUCCACACCAAGCCCAACCGCUUUGAGGAGGUCAUCUGGCCCAAGUUCAGCUCCAAGGACAAGCAGUACCUGCACAUCGGCCUGAAGCCGCGCGUCCGCGAUAACUACCGCGCCAACAAGGUGGCCUUCUGGCUGGAGCUGGUGCCCCACCUGCACGCACUACACAAGGAGUUCAUCAAAUUCAUCACCACCCGCCUGCCCCCCAGCGGGGGUCACAGGCCCGGCUGGAAGAACUCGGGGCAGGGGCCGGGCACCCGCUCCACGCGUCACCCGGUGAUCUCCACCUACCCGCCCGACCCGGAGCCCGAGGGCUCGGAGCGCCCGCGCGUGUCCCCGUUCCCGGACGCCACGCGGGACUACUCGACGGAGCUGAGCGUGACGGUGGCGGUGGGCGCCUCGCUCCUCUUCCUCAACGUGCUGGCCUUCGCCGCGCUCUACUACAAGCGCGACAAACGCCACGAGCUGCUCCAACGGCGACACCGCCGUCUGUCGCCCCAGCGGGGUGCCGGCCCCGCCUCCGGGAUCGUGGGGGCCCCGCCCCACAACGACCUGGCCCUCAGCCAGGAGGAGGAGCUCAUGUCCCUGCAGAUGAAGCAGCAGAGAGUGGAGCUGGACCACGGCACGCCGCUGACCCCGCGUGGCCUCCACGGCGACCUCGAGCCGCUCCGCCCGCCCGUGUGCCCGCCGGACUACACCCUGGCUCUGCGGCGGGCGCCCGAGGACGUGCCCCUCAUGACGGCCAACGCCCUGUCUGUCCUCCCCAGUACCAUCGCGGGCAUGCAGCCCCUCCACGCCUUCAACACCUACCCCCCCGCCCCUGCGCCCGGAUCCAGCCAUAGCAACAGUGCCCUGCCCUACCAGCAUUCCACCACCCGCGUAUAGUAGCUUGUCCCGGGGGGCCCAAGCACCUCGCGACCCUCUGGGCACAGACUUCCCGCACCCGGGCCGGCGCUCUUCAGAGAUGCUGUCCAACUCACUGCUCAUGCCUUCUUGCCUCUGCCCCUGGCCCUUAGCACUCCUCUCCCACAAUCCUCCACCUCCUCGGCUGCAGAGGGAAGAGUUUUAUGCUGAAAAGCUGAGCACCGCCUCAGACGGCCGUCUCGCCCUCCUCCCUGUGCCUGCUUCAGUUCUCUCUGUGCUCCUUCUUUUCUCACUGGCUCUGUUCUCUCCACCCUCCUCCGCUCCUCUGCUCCUACACUCCUCCCACCCACCAUUUCCUCUGUCACUUCAUUCAGAUUUUAGCGCCAACUACAGAACUGUUUUUGCUCUAUGUUGGACACUUUUAUAAAUUAAAAAAAAAAAAAAUGUGUAAAAUGUAUUAUUUCAGAACCUUGUAAGGAUAUGAAAGAGGAAAAAAAAACAGCAAAGAUUCUAAUAUCUCGUUUUUACCAGCAUUUCUGUGCCAAGUACUGUGAUAACUGUCCAAUUAGAUGUGGAGUCUAGUGGACCGACUUGGAGAAGACUGCCCAAACUCGAUCCGAUCUGAGGAAUUAGUAUCAUCGGGGGGAAAAAGUGCCAAAACCUCAUUUGCUUUCUCUCCUCCUUCGGCUGGACGGGGUACUUUUUGUUCUUGCUGUUGUCGUAGGUUUUUUUUCUUUUUGUUGUUUUGUUGUUUUGGUUUUGCUGUUUUGCUGUUGCUCUUGCACUGUAACGGGUCUCUGUAACAAGAAGAGAUUGAGAAUAUAUGAAAAAUCUAAGAGUCUAUAUAUAGAAUUAUAACAUUUCUAUCUUGUUUUGCUCUCUGGGAAAUUUGCAUGAUUUAUUUUUUACAGGGAAAGAUGGACACCAGAAGAGAAACGUUUCAGUUUGAGACUCAGGAGCUUUUUUCUUCUCAUUUUAUUAUUGCUGUCAUUUUUCACACAAGCCUUCUCUCUCUCUCGCUCUCUCGCUCUC